CUGGCCAGCUAGUGUCAUGGCGGCGCCCAGGUCGGCUUCACGCCGUCACUUCCGGUAACCCAAACAGGGACAGCAUGGAGUUACUAAGGAGAGGAUCAAGACCAGCUCUGCAGGGGAUCCGUGGCCUGACACAGGUGCGAACUCUGCACCGAGGUCCAUUGAGAUUCUCUCCUCUUAUUCCUAUUGUGAUUGAGCAAACUGGCCGCGGUGAGAGGGCGUAUGAUAUCUACUCAAGGUUACUGCGAGAACGUAUUAUCUGCUUGAUGGGACCGAUCGAUGAUUCCCUCGCCAGCCUGGUGAUCGCUCAGCUCCUGUUUCUGCAGUCUGAAAGUAACAAGAAACCGAUCCACAUGUACAUCAACAGCCCAGGGGGAUCGGUGACAUCAGGCCUGGCUAUCUAUGACACCAUGCAGUAUAUACUGAACCCUAUCUGCACUUGGUGCGUGGGGCAGGCAGCCAGCAUGGGAUCCCUUCUUCUUGCCGCUGGAACCAGUGGGAUGCGACACUCUUUGCCGAACUCCCGAAUCAUGAUCCACCAACCCUCUGGGGGGGCGAGGGGUCAGGCCACAGAUAUCGCCAUCCAGGCUGAGGAAAUCCUAAAACUUAAGAAACAGAUCAAUGAAAUCUAUGCCAAACACACACGGCAGCCUCUGUCUCUGAUUGAGUCGGUAAUGGAGAGGGAUCGCUACAUGAGCCCCACAGAAGCCCAGGAGUUUGGCAUCCUGGACAAGGUGUUGGUGCAUCCGCCACAAGACGGUGAAGACGAACCUGAACUGGUUAGAAAAGAGGACGUUCAGUCUCCAUCAACAGAGCCCUGACCAGGUAGAAGGCCCCCUGCUGGUGACGGCUUACACGUUGUGGAUGCUGCUUGGAGACAGGGGUGCCCCAGUACACCCUAGAAAUGUGACACAUACCGUAGCAGGCACCUGCCUGUCUAACCCUUUGAGUGCCAGCGGUGUUCACAAUACAAUGGACAUUCCUCUGCUGCUUCAAAGUUUAAAAGUAAAGUGUACGACCUCCUUCUAAAGCUCCUCUUUGCCAGAAGGGCGCCCAAACCAUGGUUUUGAAUAGAUAUUAUGUCAGAUUUUCCUAUUUAUUGUACCAUUGAUUUCUAUGCUGGAAGAAUAUUCAUUUAUGUUAGUCUUUUAAUGCUGAGCACUGCAGACCCCUGCUGGUGGAUAAUAGGCAGAGCAGAAAUGAUAUUCCAGCCGGCGUCUCAAUAACUCCUCUCUAGUUCCCAGGUUGUGACAUGGUCUGUUAGUUUAGCUCCCCGACGUAACGUUUGUCUGCUUAAACCAGGCUCUUCUAGGCAGGAAAAUAAACUUAUUUUCACA